UGUGGGUGCGCGUGGGGGGGAGGGAGUUCGCGCCAUUAUUGGAACACAACAAACAUUUCUUGGCCUGGUGCAAAAUGGCGACGCCGAGCCCGAGGAAAUUUCAGGAGAAGAUCGCCUUGCUGCAGCAGAAGGAGGCCGAGGGGAAGAUCGCCUAUGACAGUAUUAUGAAUGAAGUCCAGGGGCUGAGGAUGCACCCCAAGCCCCCUGGACAGCCCAAAGGACAGCAGUUACUGCCACCCCAGGCACAUUCCCCUCCCUUCCAGCAGCCUCCACCACAGCAUGCCUCUCGCCCCCCCCAGAGUGGGUCUCUCCCUGACUUUUCCAUCAACCUCCCGGAUCAGGGUAGGGUGCCUGAAUACUACAUGCCGGUGCCACUGCAGGGCGCGAUGCAGGACCUGAGCACCUUGCAGAAUCAGGUGUAUCCCAGCGUCCCUCACCAACGGCAGUCUGUUGCGUCCCAGAUAAGGCCACACCACCACAUCCCUCCUCACCUCGGCAACUCUCCGGCAUAUCCUCUGCUGCUGUCACCCCCACACGCCUCAGAGUCUCUCCUGCGUUCCAACUCUGACUCCUCCCUCCAUCAGAACCUUCAUGGGGGCAAGGCAGCCAAUAACAGAAAAGUCUCAGCGCCCGUGGAGGUUGGUCGGAUGGACCCAGGUCUUGGAGUGAACCACAUGACCCACAUGAGACAUAGCCAGGAGUUACCCAGGUCAGACUGUGAGCCGACACACCCUUCAGAGAUCGCUGCUGUUCUUGGUCCCAGAAUAAAUCACAUCCAGCGGAGCUCCAACAUCCCCAUCCCCACCACCAUACCCAACACAGGGGGUGCUGGUCCUGGAGGGGGGGGAGGUGUGGGCACACUCCCCAACACUGGUUCUUUGCCAGACCUGACACAAGUCCAGUACCUGCAGCCAAUGAACCUUCCAAUACCUGAUGCUGACCCGAAUAUAAUAUCGCCAUUGUCUGUCCGGCCGGGGACCACGUUUCCCACUGGGGUGCUGGGUGACCCCUACAACAGUGGACAGGCAUCCCCCAGAGGUACCUCUCCGGGGCCCUCCCCGUCUGUCAUGCGCAAAAAGCCUCAGAAGCCCUACCAGACUACACAAACGAACCACAGAGGAACCCACCACAGCCAGAACAGAAAUCAUUUGUCUGUCCCUACUGUUAUUAAUGCACGCUACCUCCAUACAUGUAAGGGGAUGACCGUCGACAACAGCUCAAUUGUGGACUCACACUUGGCUAACUCAGGGCUAAAUCUCUUUGGACAGCAGCCCUUGUCUCCGAGCGGCUCACACCCUCCUAGUCCAAACCAACACUCCUUCAUGGUAUAUAGAAAUCCAGUUAGUCCUCAACUCAGUCCAAGAAGCUCACCAGGACCCUGCCACACCCUCCAGACUGGUGGCUUGGGAAGCUACAGCAGCAACAGUCCCAGUGACUCUCGUAGCGCGCCUCCCUCACCCAGUGCCCCCCAGGCCUCCCCAGCCUCUUCCCCGGGGGUCACCAUCUCCAAGCCCUUCACCUAUAAUGAAUACCACACUCAUGCACAAACAAAUCAACUCAAUCAGCAGUUUGAACAGUGCAGAGUGAUUGACAACUCUCCAGUCUCUGCCAGUAGCUAUGCAUCAGGUGGAAGCAGUAAUGUACACCCACAGGCUGGCCUUUUGGUUGAGGGAAAUGGUUUCUUCAGUGGUGCCCCAUCGUCCAGCCCCGGUGUGCCCCAGGGGUGCCCCAUCCCCACCAGCCAGGCACAUCAGCAGCCCACGGGGCCUCCCCCGCCCUACCCACAGACCUCCACCACUCCAGCACACCAGCAGUUACAACAAACCCCACAGCAGCAGCAAGAACAACAGCAUCAACAACAACAACAACAACAACAACAACAACAGCAGCAGCAGCAACAACAGCAACAGCAGCAGCAGCAACAACAGUCACAGCAACAGCAAACAUCACAGUCACAACAACAGUCACAACAGCAACAACCACAGCACCACCAACAGUCCUCUCCCACUCACCCCCAACACAUCACACAGUCUCCCAAUCACCAGCCCCAUCACCCUCCCUCUCCAGUACACUCCAUAUCCUCACAUGGACCUCCCUCCCCAGCACAAGACCCCCUCAGCCCACUAAGUCACAACCACACCAUGCAACACCCACCAACUCCACGGACUCCACUGACUCCUACCCUCAACCCUCCACAGGUGGUCGUCACCAUCCCUCCAUGUGAGGGAGGCACUGAAGAUCUUCUGCAGGAGAACAUCAACUGGGAAAUGUUUGCUCCCUCUCCCAAUGCCUAUGAAGAAGGCUCCUUUGAGUCUUCCAUUCUAGAUCACAUGAGUAGGCUGGAUGAGAAUGAAUUGGGCAUGAUGAUGGUGGACCAUGGAUCUGUGGACCAGCUGCUAGUGGACCAGGAGACAGAGGAGAGCUUCCGCAGAGACCACCGUACCACCUCCUCCACCACCACUUCAGGGCCAUAGCCUCCAUUCCCUUCUCUUUGGGAGGGAGAAUGACUCGGAAGGGAAAGAGGAGGUAACCAAUGGAGCCACAACUCCCACAGCAGCUGGUAUUUUUGUUUUACUGAUCACCUGAAGCUGCCACCCACCUGCGGGUUGUACAGUAAGCAGCUGUCGAACUCCUUUCCCGGUAAGCCCUCUGUGUUGGUGCCUCUGGUGGGUGCAGGAGUGACUCUGGUGCUGUGGUGGCAGCAAGCCAGCUAUAUCCUGAGAAGGUGGUGAUAUUGGUGACGUGUCAUUUGAGCUCCUUCCAAUACCAGCUCUUUUUGCAAGUAGACUGUAUUCUAAAAAGGUAAUUUUUUCCAUCUUGUAGCAAGGAGAAUCAUUCAUUCUUGAAGUGAUAACGGUGCUUAUUUUCCCCAAUGCAAUAACUUUUGACUACAAAAUUAAUUGUCGCUUGAGGCGUCCCUUGCUAGGUGGUGUCACUUUUACCUUAUACUGUUAAUAAUGUUUCUCUUCUUAUUUCUGUAUGCUGCCAGUCAUUUCUGUGUGCAUAAGUUUAGAAUUGUACUUCAGAGACACCCUAAAGGAAACUAGAAAACACUGUCUGCAUUCACACACACACACACACACACACACACACACACACACACACACACUGCUCCAGUAGCUCAAUCGGUUAGAGUGCCGCGCUGCAAGGUUUCACGGCCAAACAGGCAGCGGUUCAAGCCCCGCUCAGGCCGGAUUCUUUCCGUCGACUAGGAGUGGUUGCUGUCCCCCCCUUGAGCAAGGGGGAUGGGGUGUGUGGUGUGUGAGGUCCUGGCAGUACCCAGAGAUCGACAAUAAUGACCACUUGCUCAUGUCGUGAGGGUACCUUCUGGCGAAAGCGAGUCCAACUCGUGAUUAGGCUGUAGUAAAUUACACACAUACACACAGCUGCUUGCACCAACACACUGUUUACACAUUUAGUAAGAAAUCAUAUAAAAAUAGAUUUUCAGCUUUUCUGGUCUUUGGGCUUCUUUGUCCUAAUAUUUCACAGUAGUUGUGAUUCUCUUGAGAAAAUUUUUCAUACUUCUACUUGACCCAGUUUGAAGACAAGUUAUCAUUUUAGGAUACUCAUGUCUAGUGAGUGGUGAUAACAGUACUAGUUGGUACUAAACUUGCUGACACCAGUCCUCCAGAUCACCCUGGCUCAGCCUGGCAGUGGUAAGGCCCUGGGGUGGAAUAGUUCCCCUUGUACACAACAGGUUUAUGCUUUAUUGGGAAUGAACUGUACUUAAUGGCCAAUGCUCUCAUUGAUAAACUUUGUUUUAAGUGAUAUCAAAAUCUUAGUGAAUAUAUUUGCCUCUCUGUGGCCAUAUUUCUGAAUUUGGAUAGAAUAAUCCCCUGAUUUUUUCAGAUAUGUGUUAUAAUCAAAAUAUUGUUAAAGUUUUGUAAUUUUGUCUUUUCUCCAUUAAUUUUGGAGGAGCUAAGUACAAUGAAAUAUGUUUGAGUGGUUUUUGUGAUGUUCACAAUGCUUUGGAACACAUCACUUGCUUAGCCAUUGUCGUAACCUAUUUCUAAAUUUCAUUGAAAAUAUCUUUAGUUAUUUUACUUGUGUUUUCAAAUGAGCUCUUGUAUGUUGACAUGUGGGCUGAGGUGAUGAUGCCCUGGGGAGGAAAUGACUUUUCAGAAUGUAUACAUUCAACAUUAACACCAAUGAAGAGCUGCUCCUGGAGGCCACUGGCUAAGCAAAGUCAUCAGGCUCGUUAUCACCUACCCAAAUUCAGUCUGUACCUAAGGUUGUAGCUCUCUUGAAAUGCAAGUGUUUCAGCUGUUACUAGCACAUCACUUUUAAUCCUCAGAUACUUAUUCCUGUUCCUCACAAACACCGCACUGUCAAGAAGAGGCUUUUUGUGUAGCUCCCUUGCAACUCCCAAGUACCAGCUGGUCAACAAUGAGGCCAUUCGGCCACCAGUCACUAUGGUUACUUUUAGCAAGGUGCCGCCGGUGUGUUGGGUGCUGUAGCUUUCACCUUCUCCUGUUAGAAUUACUCUCAAGCUUUGGUGGCAACUUGACUCCAUAUUGUCAUGUUUAUCAAUUUCUUCACUGUCUUCAUGUAUUUGAAUGUGAAAGUUCUUAGUGUCUUAUCACUGUGUUGACAUUAAGUGUUAACUUACAAUCAUUCAAAUAUUUAUAAAAGAAAACAGAUCUCAUGCAAGCCCCAGCCAGAAGCAGAUUCACUAACAGAAAAAUUGUUUAGUGAAACAUUAGUGUGGCAGAAUUAUCUUGUGAACUUGGUUAACUCCCAGAAAAAAAUCCAUAGGAAGACAAUGAAUGCAUAGACAUUUGUCCCAUAUACAGAGAAAUAUGAUUUUCCAUGGAGCUGUGGUAUUAGCUGUUUGUGUUCCCUUGUGAUUGAGGUCAUGUUCCUCAUGGUUAUAUAUAUAUAAAUAUAUAUAUUCUUUUUUCCCUCCUCCCAAAGGUUUAUACAUCUUAUGAGGGAGAAGUGAAUCCCAGGCUGUGGUAUGUGCUGUCUGAGGGUCCGUGGGUAGCUUUGCUGUCCCAGAACUAUAACGAGGUGUGUGGCGAGUGCAAGGGAAUGGCACCACGUGUGUUCUGCUUCUCCUCCAAUACCUUACACUUGGGUGUUCCCAUGCCCUCCUCCCUCACCCAGCAGAGGGCAGGGGAGGCAGUAGGUAGUCCUGCUGUAGACCUUCCCCAGCAUUGUUGUUGAUCAGGAAGUUUUAUUGUCCAUUGGUUGUUAUAAAGUGACACUAGCACAAGAAAUCUAUAUUAAUUUUAAGCAUGAUAAGUACAAAUUUCAGUAGAUGUAUAUAUUCCAGAGAAAUACUAUAUAGAUUAUACUGUGUAGUGUGAGGAGGUGGUGGUGACCAUGACCAAUAUCUUCUGCUGUGAUGAGUGGUGGUGUCGAGUAUUGUUCUUUUCUGUUCCCCACUGUGAGACCUUCGAGCACAGUACUGUACUACCUGCAGCACACAUUGCAUUGAUUCAGCCUUGGCUGUAGAUAUUUCCUUUAUUUGGUUUUAUACCCUUUCUUCUUCAGAUUUGAGCUUUUUAUAUAUAAACUCCUCACCCAUGCUGGUAACACAGAGGAUGGCAGACAGGCAAGGUGGUACACAUCACCUUCCCAAACUUCAGUAUUAAUGCGAGUGAAGCAGCGGAAGGCAUUAACCCAAGAGAUACCAAGUUUAUAUUAGGCUUAGGAAUGUAAAUGCUCUUAGAUUCUUUUUAUAUUGUACAUAAGAGAAUUAGAUAAGAUAGUUGGGUUGUGUUUUGGGGUAUGCAUGUGUGCCUACUUGCAUAUGUAUGCAUGUAUUCCAGUUUAUUAGUGUAUCUGUUUUUGUAUGCAGUAUGGAUGAAUGUUUUGCAGUACUGUAGCUACAUUUAAUUAGGUUGCCUCGUAAUGAGCAACAGACCUUGACCUGCAACAAAAGCCAAAUGCAUUAAGUAAAGUUUAAUACAUCCUUCUGCAUUAAACAAGAGAAUCCCAAACUAUUUCUCCUCAUGAUUAAGUAUGUAUUCUUAAGUCUAAAAAAAUUGAUCUUUUAAUGUAAUAAAUUUUCAAUUUAUUAGAAAAUGAAACUUUCAUUAAAGUACAAAUAGUAAAGUUCUUUUUCUGAUUGUCCAGUAAUGGAGCAAUUAGAGAAAAUAUUUCAGCAAUCUGGAGUUUCAGCGACAUUGGAUGUACUUUGUUUAGUGAUAAUUUUCUUGUAACUUUGCUGAAUAAUUUUACAUAGACCUGCUUAUGGAUGCAGGUUCAACAGUUCUGUAAAAAAAAAAAACACAAACAAAACAUAUAAAGGGAAGAAUAUUCUUAGUUUUCAUAAAGUGGCAAAGAAAUAUGAAACAAAAUCUCAUCUUGUCUAGCAGCCACUUACCAGCCAGCUGUGAUCGUAAGGCCCAUUUGACCACUCAGUUGGCUGCAUGAUUUUAUUAUAUUUCUUCAUUUAUUUAUUAUCAUUUUUCUUUGCAUGUAGUUUAUAUGUUGAAUACAGUAGCAUUGGAUAAUGAUGGGAUCUACUAACAAUAUUUUGGCUAACAAUGAUAAAAUCCAGUUUGGGUAAUGAUGGAUUUAACAUUAAGUCCACCUUCCAGCUCAUUUCUCGUUCAUGUGUUUACCAUACGGUUGGCAAGACUGCGGUAGUCUUAGCAUGCAUCAGAGCAUUUGUGUUAUGCUCUUACCAGAGCUACUAAAGCUACAGGCUGUUAUGUAAUACUUAUGCCAAAUUUAUAGUUACUCUUGUGGAACUUGAGGAAUUUUACAUUUAUGAUGAAUUUCCAAAACUUACACAUUAAAAUGAAUUAACUACAUGAAUUUUCACCUAAUGGCCAUCCCUUUGGAAUGAAUUUGGAUUGUUUAACUAAGACCCUAUUGUAUUUGGUUAGGUUCAGAGUUUUAUAAAUAAGAUUAAAAUUUAAAAUAUAUUUUCCCCUCUGCUACAAGGUAAUUGUGACUUCAUGCUUUUUUUACUUCAGUUUUUUUCCCCAAAUUUUGACAGUAUUUGUAGCAUACAGUGAAGAAUUUUUAUACCUUACAGUGUUUUCAUAAACCUUAAUAAAUGAACUUUUAAACAGAAGAAAAUAAAGUAAAUCACACAAGGUCAGUUAUCCUAUAUUCAAUUAUAUUAUUGAACAGUAAGGCUCAGCUACUGAGACCAGAUGAGAACUUUACUCAAGUGAUGAAAGUUACACUAUUCAAAUAUUUACUAACAUUUUGUUAAUCAAGUAUGAAUACUAAUGCAUCUUAAGAACACUUUUGCAUUUAACUCAUAAUCCUGCCUUCUCUCUGUCAGUAUGGAAGAGAGAACUGCUCCUUGUAGACUCCCAUUCCAGACAAGACCCCCACUCCAUUCCCCUCCAUUACCACCCACAUAAUAAUCCUGUACCACACUUGUGUAUGUCCCUGGAGUUUAGUACUAUGAUAUGCAUUCAUACUGGAAUUGUUUUGCCAUUUUAUUUCAAUUUUCAGUAUUUAAUCAUGUUUUUAGUGUGUGUGUGUGUGUGUGUAAAGGUAUGAAUUUAGUUUUGAAAGGCAUAUUGAUUAGAAGUGAAUUUUUCCUUUUUUUUUUUUUUUUUACACAUCAUCCUUCUUAAUAUCAUCACUAUUUUGUAAAUUAUGAGUGCAUGGAAAGAGGGAAAAAAAGGCACCAGUCAUUUCUGUACUUCUCUCCAUUUAAAGAUAUCAGAUUGCCUAAAUUAUGAAUAAAAUUUAAUAUAUAAUAAUAUAUAUAUAUAUAUAUAUAUAUAUAUAUAUAUAUAUAUAUAUAUAUAUAUAUAUAUAUAUAUAUAUAUAUAUAUAUAUAUAUAUAUAUAUAUAUGAAUAACAAAUUAUUUCAACUAAAUAUUGUUGUGCCUUUCCUUUCAAGAUUGGCUAAAGUGUUUAAUUUUUGUAACUUUUUUAUCCAGUUGAAUUUGGCACAAGCCUGAGGUUCCUGCCCAUGCAGAGGGGAGGGUGCGAGCCUGCAUGAACCUAGGACAAAAGUACAAAAUUCAUCCACAUGACAAUUCAGAUUACAAUACCUAUGCUCAACUUGAAGCUGGAUGUGAAUUUUGGAGGCUAACGUUUUUUUCUUUUACAGUCUUUUUCAGUAUACUUUACAACAGUACUUCUAGCUACUUAUUUUUUGUUUGUUUUUUGUUUUGGCAAGUAGAUGAAUAAUGAUAUUGUUCUACACAAAUCAGGCUUGCACCAUAGCUACUAGUGUAGCAUUGGUAGAGGAUCCGUGUACUUAUGAGGGAGUUGUCUUAAAAUCAAAAUUGUCUUCUAUAGCCCCAUAUUUUUCUCUUAUGUAAUCUACAUCACCAUAAUAGCUGAGUCUCCUCACCCCAGAGCCCAGCACAAGAUGCAGUUCAAACUUGUCCUCACAUUUAUAACUUCCAUGUAAAGCUACAAAUUAAAACUUAUAGCUUUAUCUUAAAUUUAACUUCCUGUAAAGGCUCAUUUUAUGUUAAGAUUUUUAUAUAUUGCUGUCCUCUGCACUUAUCUAAAUCCUUCUUAAGCAUCAAGUAGAUACUAGUAUGUAGAAAAUACCUGUAUGGUGCUUCCCACACCUGUGUGAUGAACAGGUGAGGGUGCCGAGGGGGCAAUGCUGUACGUAGAGGCUAAGGACACUGCACAAUCAUAACACACGUGGUGGCCAUCAGGGGUGAGUGACAGUGGCAGGGAGUGGGAAAGAGUAGCUCUCCAUAUUUUGUAAACUUACAUGAAAUUUUCAGCAAGAACAAGUGUUUUUAUGUCUGUAACACUGAUGCUUCUACAGUUUCAAGAAAUUAAUUCAUAGUUAUAAAUGACACCAGAAUUACAUACUUUAAAUUCUGGCCGUCAUAAAACACAGUUUCAAGUUCACAUAGUUUAACUAUGUUUGAAUUGUCUCUGUGUUGGCUUAUGACAUUUGGAAAUCACAAUAUUUACCUCUCUGGUUGAUGUAUGAAGUGUGUAUAUGAAAGAUAUUUUUUUAUUUUUUUAAUGUUGAUAGAUCUACGAGAGUUAAUGUAUCAUUAUUAUCUUUGUUAUUAUCUUUGUUAUUAUCAUUAUUAUUAUUAUUAUUUUUAUAUACAUAUAUAUAUAUCAGAAUUUUGAAUUUGUUUGGUCCCAUUUAAGAUGGAAGGGCAAAUGAAAGAAAAAACCUGUUACUGAUUUUCAUACUGGGUUGAGAAUUUUGUCACUGGCUGCUUGUUAUUAGUCUGUCAACAGACAAUGAUCUCUUUUACAUACUAGAAGCACAUUUUAUUGUGGUCAAGUUGGUGGCAAUGUUCAACAAGGGUCAUAGUGUGUGUGACCCUUUCUAGUUCCUUUCAAAUUUUCAUGAUAAUUAGCUUGUAUUCUCAUGAAUGGCUGACCACAUUUCCAUCAUUUCUUUCGAUGAGAGGUUUUAAGACACUGUUUAGGUCUGUGAGUAUUCAUAUGGAAUUUUAUGUAAAGCAUAUAUAUAUUUUUUGUGUGUUUGUGUGAGAGAGAUAGAGUGUGUGUGUGUGUGUGUGUAAGCAAGGGACAAUCCUCACCUUCAUGUGUUCUAGGUGACUUUCAGGGAAGUGGUGUGAAGUUGAUUAAUUUCUAAAUUUACUCAGUGCCGUAUAUUAACUUAAGGGUUAUCUUAUUUUGUCUUACAAAACAUUUUUGAUAAAUUGCUACUUGUGUAUAACUAUAAUUUACCAUUACUGGUCUUGGUGAGGAGCAUUUUAAACCUAUGCCAGCAUCAAGAAAGGCUGGAUAUGUGCUGUUAAGACAAAGUUUGACCCACAUCUUCCCAUAGAAACCCCUGUUGUAGUGGAGGCUAUGGCUGCUGGACCAAACUACCUAUUGGGCAUUAUGUGACUGGAUUGUUGUCUUUACCAGUGUUUCUUACACGGCUAGUCAUGCUGUUCUAAUUUUGCAUUGCUUUAAGUCUCAUCAUGGAUACAGAAGCUGCACUGUGAUUCACCAGCUUUGUGACUUGGCUUUUUCAGUCCAGUGUGAGUGAAAAUGUGACUGACUACUGCUUAGUAAAACCAAAGAGCCACACAGAGCCAUAGACCUCUUGUAAUGUCCACGCCACACUCUGCCUCCCUUCUUGUGUCCACCCUCAGUCGUGUUCAGUAUUUUGUUGGUGGCGAAGGCAUCCUUUGCAAAUUAUUUUUCUUUUAAAUAUAUAAGAAGUGUGAAAGAUGUCUGAAUCCAUCGCAAAAAUCCAGCAAGAUUCACCAAUAAUUACACUAGGAGGUCAUAUAUAUAUAAAUAUAAAUACAUAAGAUAUAGAAUGAUACAGCCAGGCUUUAGAUGUCCCCCUCCCCCAUAUGUGUGUGUGCAAUGUCAUGGUGGUGUGACAACUGUCCCCUCGUCAGGCAUGGUUUUGUAUUUUCCUUCAUGUAGGGAGUGAUGCUUAGGUGACAGUGGCGAGGUGAUUGGUGCCACCCCACCCAGGUAGAGUAAGAUAAUGACUGUAGUGUAGAGUAGAUUCUCUAAUGAUCAUUUUGUUCAGACAUCUUUUGACAUAUUUGCAAAUUUUAUUGUUAUGUCAUUUUCAAUAAAGAUUUUCUUGUAUUUUA